AAGACAAAGGGCUGUAUAAAGAAAAAACCUCGUCUCCAAAACAUGGAUUCCAAUUUCACACCCCACCUGGAAUCUCACCCUUAAGCCCUUUCCUUCCAAAAAUUUUGUUUCCAGAACUUAUAAGACAUCCAAAAAAAAAAAAAGCAAACAACAAUAGAGAAAAUAUUUCUCUGUUUUUCAAAUUACUGUUUCCCACUCUGUUUUGCAUUUAUGUGGGAUUGUUCUUCCAAACCAUCAGCUGAAUCAUAAACCCUAGAUCACACCCACCUCCCUGAGAGAUCGAACUGAGAAAAAAGGAUUCUUCUUUAUGAAUAUUCAGUAUUUUUGAGUAAUAUUAUGCAUAGAUCGGGAGUCGCCAUGGCUUGGAACGUGUUCAAGUUCUGCAUAGUUUUGCGAGGUCUGGGGUCGGUCAUGAUCCUCCUGGUUCUUGGGGUCGUCGGUGUCACCUAUUACACUGUCGUUUUCACCAAUUACGGCCCGGCUUUGUACGAUGGCGGCCUUGACUCUCUCAUUGCCGUUGGCGUAUUGAUCAUAUUUCAUUGCUUGUUGGUGAUGCUGUUAUGGAGUUAUUUUUCUGUUGUUUUGACGGAUCCGGGUGGUGUGCCACCUAAUUGGAGGCCUGCUGUUGAUGAAGAGAGAGGGCAGGCUGACCCAUUGACUUGGUCGGAUUUUAAUGGUUUGCAGCCUGACCCCUCUAAUCUGAGGAUCCGGUACUGCCGGAAGUGCAACCAGCUGAAACCACCUCGUUGCCAUCAUUGCUCAGUUUGUGGGCGGUGUGUACUGAAAAUGGAUCACCAUUGUGUAUGGGUUGUUCAUUGUGUUGGGGCCUUAAAUUACAAGUAUUUUCUUCUUUUCUUGUUUUACACAUUUCUCGAGACAAGUGUUGUAACAUUAUCCUUGCUGCCACAUUUGAUAUCAUUCUUUAACGAGGGAGAAAUCCCUGGAACACCUAGCACCCUUGCAACUACCUUUCUUGCUUUUGUCCUGAAUCUUGCAUUUGCAUUAAGUGUUUUGGGUUUUCUGAUAAUGCAUAUUUCAUUGGUGGCUGCAAAUACCACAACCAUUGAGGCAUAUGAAAAGAAAACCUCCUUUAAAUGGCGCUAUGACCUUGGUCGAAAAAAGAAUUUUGAACAGGUGUUUGGGACAGACAAACGAUAUUGGUUCAUGCCUGCUUACUCAGAUGAAGAUUUACGACGGAUACCAGCGCUUCAGGGUCUCGAGUAUCCGUCUAAUCCUGAGUUUGACUCCCAAGAGUUCUAAUACCAUAUGUAAGACAUGUCAGCAAUACAGAAAUUUCCUUGUACAAAGAUAAAGAGUUAAGGAGCAACAUCCACAAGAUGUUUCCUUGCAGCCAUAACUCAAUCAAAUGGCUCGCGGCUUACAUGGGCGCAACUUUUUGUUCCGACGGGCAUCUUCUUGUAAGCAUAACAGUGAGAGAAAGAGAAAGAGGACCGUUAUCAAGUGGCGGGCGGCCGGGGAGAGCGGUUUAUGGGUUGCAGUGUUGCGGAGUAGUGGGAAAGGCAUAUGACUGGCUGAUGUUUAUUGUAUGUCUUAAAUAUGUGGUAAUUUGGGAAUUUGGGCACUGUAACAUAAGGGAAAUGGAACUUUGAUGUGGUAAUUUCAUUAUGUUCCUCCUUGGGUUUGUUGUACCAUCCAUUGAAAUUACUGAAGCCAAUCAAAUGUAACAUGCAUGCAAGGAAUAAUGUAAUUACAUGCUGAAUUUUUACUUCUCUUGUACAUGAUUGAUCUUCGAUAUCA